CGUUUUUAAAAAUUCGCUAAUAGUUUCAGAAAUUUGCCUGGCUGGCCAGUUCGGGAACAACAUUCAAACUUUGCAUAAUGCUUUAAACGUACAGAAACCCCAUCUACAAUCUACAAUUAACAAAAAUGAGCCAAUGUCAAAGUUAACCGCAAACUGGAGCCACAUUUAGCAGCUGCAUUCAGAGAGCAAAGCAUAGCAAUUCAACGAACCAAGCAAAUCAGAUCAGGAAUACUUAAGCCUUAGGUUUUAGCUUUAACUAUAGGAGAGGAACGAAUAGGAAACGACUACGAAAUGCCUUCAGCAGCCACGAAGAAACGGCCAUCCGUUGUCAAGGAGGAGGAGGGUAUGACGCCCAAGAAGACGGCCCUGAUCAUUGUCACCGUCAUUGGAUGCAUUGCCAUAUUGUGGCCAAAGGUCUUCCAUCCCAUGAUGUUCGGUUCUGCGCCGCCGCCGCCCCCCCAGCAGCAGAACUUAAAGGAGCAGAGGAGCGGGGCACCGGGCGGCUGUUGUGAUGUUGUGCUCGACAGGGAACAGUUCAUGAACGCAACGAAGCCGGAUGCUGCCGUACCGUUUGGGCCCCACCUCUACCGGAAACAUAUUAACCUGUACACGGGUGAAAUAAGUCUGCGACAGGAGCGUCCGGCCCACCUACAUCCAGAGUCCAUAUACCAGGCGAUGCGGGAGCGUGGACGCGCCAUACCAGCCACAUCCACCGUGCCCAUUGUUGAACGCAAAAGUUCAGCAAGUAAUCCGCCCCCGCGCAUCGUAGACGGACGGCCUGGUCCCAUUCCUGGAAUGCGUCCUCCAAUGGGAGCCGGAGCUCUGCAACAGCCCCAGCAGCGGGGCAGCAGCAUGUGCUUUCUAAUGCCCCUCUACACAAUCGGAAUUGUCGUUUUCUUUGGCUACACGAUAAUGAAGAUUGCUUUCAAGAAGCAAGUCCCCAAUGCACCAUACGGACCAGCACCAUCGGAUACCGGCUUUCGGCAGCAGGUCUUUGGCCAACAACAGGAACACAGCCAGGUGGAGGAUUUGGGCGGCACCAAAUUGGGCUGGCGAGAACACCAGACAAGAAUUGCAGCAGUUAAGGCGAAGGCGCAUGAGGCCCCAACGAAUGGAAGACAGCGGAGCCGAAGCCGGAGCCGGAGCCACGACGAGGAGCUCUACAAUGCCAGCGUGUCGGCCACCGAGGUGGCCAGCAAUCUGUCUAUCUCCCUCAAGCACCACCAGGAGCAGAUGGAGAAGGAGCAGCUGAUGGAGAUUGAGAAGUUGCGCCAGAAGCUCGAGGAUACGGAGCGGGCGAUGGCCAAGCUGAUUGCCGAAAUGAACACCGAUCAGUAUGAGGCAAAGCAAAACGACAACGAAAAAACGAAAGAUCAACUGGAGAAGGACAAGGAGAAGGACAACAUUUCCUCCAAUGGGCAUGCAAACGUAAACACCACCGACCAGGGUGCGGAUCCGGCUGCAAAGGGAGUCAAACAGCAACAACAGCGAAAGCGUCGGGACCUGAGCGCUGAGCGGGAACUAACGGUACUGGGCAUGGAGGUAACAGCCAGUUGCGAGGGCGGCCGCAAAUGGACCGGACGCCCUCCAACGCCUGUUUUCCGAGCACCAAUCGAACAUUCCAAAUUGGAAGGAAACCUACCCGAGCCGCAGUCCAUUUACUUGGAAGGCGCUCUGGCACACGAUUCUCAGAUUUUGGUGGCCGACGCCCAGACCAAGCGCGAGGAGGUCUACGACACUGAGCUCAAUGGAUCCGCCGAGGAGCCAGCCGUCAUUCUUAGCAGUAAGAUGACAUUAUCAUUGAUUAAUUUGGAUGCAAAUCAACAAAAUGGCAAUUGGGGCAAACCCGAAAUCGAGAGUCCCCUGGCUGAUGAUAUCGAAAUAAUUGGGCACGACGAGCAAUAGAGAUACUAAUACUUACAUACAUAUACAAAUACAAAUAUUUGUAUCGAUGAUGACCUAAUUUGGAUGGAAUUAUUGCAGGAGCAGAGUGAACUAAUUAGCAAAUUACGACUGAUUAACAUGAAACAGAAUUGCCAAUAAUUUGAUAUCUAAUUUGUACAUAUAUACAUAUUGUAUUGUAUGUUUUGAUAUAUUCGUUUUGCUUUCGAAAACGCCAACACGUACAUGUACAUGUACUGGCCCCCCUCCAACUGCUCCAAGAAAUUGUGCCCCACUUUGGUCAAACGUACUCAGAUUUGCCCUCGAUCGCCUGAUUUUAUGUGAAUAAUGUUAGUUGAAACUCAAGGCAAGAACUAGUCUACCACUAAACUAAGCGCAUACGAUAAAUUCGAAAAUCGCAUCGUCUAUUAUUCUGCACUCUACUCGUAUAAUACUUUUGCAUAAUACCCUUCCUCUCGUCACGUUGCGUGGGAAUGAAAAAUUACCUUAAUAAAAAGCGUUCUAUUGCACCUUAUGAAUAAAGGACUAGUGCCACAGCGUUUGUGAAGCUAGUAUAGAGAAUAAAUUAUAAACCGGA